AUAUCAAAACACGUAAAGAACGUGACAUCAUCAGAACGGUUAAAGCGUAUUAGCGACAGUACGCCAACAGCUACUCCGGCCAGCACUGACAGUUCAAUGGAUCUUACAGACACCUGCGUGAUGGGGUUAGCGCGUGAGGGGGGCGGUACAAGCUGGGAGAGCGACAGCUUCACGCGACGCCUCGGGACAUAUGACGAUAGAUGGGCGGGAAAGAAAGACAGACAUAUUUUAGCGAGGGCAGGAUUCAGCUUUACAGGUAUCGGAGACAAGGUUGAGUGUGAACGCUGUGGUCUGAAGCUCCUCAACUGGACGGACACAGAUGACGCUCUACACGAACAUGCCUUUAGGAGGACUCACUGCCCCUUCAUCGUCUCCUUGUACCGGAAGCUGGGACAGACUCCGCCUCCAAAACAUCCCAAGUACCAAUCUCUACAGGCACGGCUAGACUCCUUCGUUGAUUGGCCGAGAAGAUAUGUGCCCAAAACUCCUGAGGAACUGGCAUCAGCGGGCUUCUUCUACAUCGGGUCAGCUGACCGGGUCACGUGUUUCCAGUGUGGGAUAACUCUGAGAGACUGGGAGGAAGAACAUGACCCUGUGGCGGAACAUCAGAGAUACUCGGAACACUGUCAGUUCAUCAACAAGACAGACCUGAACCAGCUUGGAGUUGCCACAAGGACGGGUUCCACGGUAGCAAAUGACCAAGAUGGAGUGAGGACGGAGGAAGGAAAGAAUAAACAACCAUCAAGAGGUUCUCUGACAAAUCAGGUGGUCAGACAGAACCCAGGUGAACCUUCAGGUGCAAGCCAAGACGUCACUGUGGCAGACCACAAACGUUGCAUAGCAACUACUGGAGCCACAUACCAAGAUAGUUUUAAAUCAGCCAAUACCAUAACAAGUCAGACGUCAGAUGACUCGACGUCUUCAGCAGCACCAUCGAUACAAGCUGAAGGACAGAACCCUUCGUCAGAACGCAGUGUCCCUACCUCAGAACAAACGACAAGAAGCAUUAACACAUCUUCCCCUCCUACAACACCAUCCUCUUCAGACACAAACCCAGUCCAAACAUCAACUGAAGACACAAUAGUUCCUUCUUCUCAGUCAUUAGCUGAGCAGAACAAACGUCUGAGAGAGAGACGGACGUGCAAGAUAUGCAAGACUGAGAUUGUCAGUGAACUGUUCCUACCCUGUGGUCAUCUGGUCACAUGCUCUAAUUGUGCACCUAAAGUCACUGAAUGUUGUGUGUGUAGAAAAACGAUACUUGGAACGGUGAAGGUGUUUUUGCCAUAACACAGGGUGUAAAACAAAAUGUAAACUGAGAGAAAAUGUAAAUCAAAUAACACAUUGUUAUUAUGUAUUUGCAACAACAAUUCGGUCAUUGUCGAGGUCAACAUGUGAGAUCGUGCCAAAGGACUGGACACGUGUAUAUUUAUAUUGACAUGAUGAGGUGUGUCCAGCUUCCUAUCACCCCCUCAAUUUGCUUUCAUUUUACUGAAACACGUUGUUAUCUAUUCUUGUAUUAUUAUACAAUCUGUUCUUGUAUUUAUUUAUUUAUUUAUUGCAUGUUUACAGCUGUUUCAUAUGUUUUUAUCUACAAGUGGGCAUUGAAUAUCCAAUGCAAUAAACACAUGUUGAAAAUA